GUUGGUCCCAUCCCCCCGUGUGUCAGUUGUGUUUUUAACAUUGUUUUAUCACGCCGCACUGAAAAGAGGGUGUUGUCAGAGCAUAUCCAUGUCCUUAGACCGUAAAAAUGCGUUGCUAAACCCCUUUUAUUCAUCGAGUGUUCAUGAAAAGCGUGGAGCUGUGGGGCAGAGCUUUCGACUUCCUCAGAGGAUUAACAUUAGCUAUACGUGGCUAAGCUAGCUAAUACAAACAACACUGUCAGUGACAAAUUGAACCAGCUCCGGACACAUUUUUGUCCUCCGCUACAGAAAUGCAAGUCAAGAACUGCAUUGUGUCUGCUCCUGGGAAAGCGAUCCUCCACGGAGAGCAUGCAGUUGUACACGGAAAGGUGGCUCUUGCCGUCAGUUUGAACCUGAGAACAUAUUUACGGUUGAAGGCCACCACUGAUGGCAAAGUUUGCAUCAACCUCCCAAAUAUUGACACAUUUGUCUGCUGGGACCUGUCUGAGCUUAAGCAGCAUAUUCCUGCUAAGAUGGAGGAGGUGAAACGUCUGGACCCUGAGCUUUUGAGAAGACUACGUGAAUUUGUUGGUGUAACAAAUGGAAACCUGGAUUCUUGCAACAUGGCCACCUUAGCCUUCCUCUACAUCUACCUCUCACUGUUUGGAUCAGGCGAGCUGCCCAGCUUGACGGUGUCUGUGUGGUCAGAGCUGCCGACUGGAGCGGGACUGGGGUCGAGUGCUGCUUACUCAGUGUGUUUAGCUGCAGCUCUGCUCUGUGCAAGUGGAGCCAUACCAGCUCCUCUAAAAGAGUGGGAUCACACCGCCAGGUGGUGUCAGGAGGACCUGGAGCUGAUCAACAGCUGGGCUUUCCAAGGGGAAAUGAUCAUCCAUGGUAAUCCUUCAGGAGUAGACAAUGCUGUAGGUACAUGGGGUGGCAUGCUGAGAUUCUUGGCUGGGAAGAUAAUACCACUGAGCAGGGUGCCGUUAUUAAGAAUCCUCCUCACUAACACCAAAGUACCACGUAGCACCAAGGUACUUGUUGCCAGGGUGAAGGACAAAAUUAACAAGUUUCCCUCUAUCAUGACCCCUGUGCUCGACUCGGUUGAUGCCAUUUCCUGCACUUGUGAGAAAGUCCUCUCAGAGAUGACCUGUGAGCCCAUCACAGGAGAGCACUACAAUAUUCUAGAGGAGCUCAUUGACAUUAACCAUCACCAUCUGAACGUGAUGGGUGUGGGACACCCUGCCCUGGACACACUGUGCCGGGUCACGCUGACCAGAGGGCUCCACAGCAAGCUAACCGGUGCAGGGGGAGGAGGCUGUGGCAUUACACUUCUGAGACCAGAGACAGACUCCUUCGUUGUUCAGAGUACAGUGCAGGACUUGAGAGACUGCGGCUUUGACUGCUGGGAAACAAGUAUCGGCGGGCAAGGUGUCCAGCAGCACUCUCCUUUGUCUGUUAAGGAGGAAGUUCGGGAGUUUUUAAACCGAUACUGACACCCACCUGUGGCUAGAGUUUGCUGAACUAAUGAAGUGGACCAAGGGAAAUUUCACACCAAGAAGCGCUGGACAGAGCUGCCUGGAGAUUUUCCUUCCAACAAACAAUGUAAUCUUAAGUCUUGAAACUAACAACAAGUCAACUGCGUGUUGUGCUUUUGAGUGAAGCAUCUCAUGGAGUGUUUGCUUGUCAAAUGUACUCUUGGUUAAAAGCUUGUCUACUGAGCUCUUUGUCCACUAGAUGGCAUCCGAGUUGCACAAAUGAUUUCUAUGAAACAGGAUUUAGGGUAAGAGGCUCUGAUAAAAUUGAUUAAUAUGCAAGUGAAGCAAUGGCAGGAUUAAUUUAUAUUUUCAUCCAAAUGUUAAAUGCAGUAGGGCCAACCCAUCCUAAUGGAUUAGAUGAUCGUCAGUCAUUAAACGCUUACUCCUGACACUAUAACAUGCAAUAUUGUUGGAUAACUGCUAGAAUGAAAGUGAUUAUUUUAUAUGAAAUAUUUAAAAAAAAAAAAAAAAAAAAACAAUAAUGGAGAAAAAAUUUGAUUAAAAUAUUUUUUUUUUCUUGAGGGGCUAUCAGCAACACCCAGUGACUACUAUUUUUUUUUUUUUUUUUUCAGUCUUCAUAGUUCUUCAAAGAUGUUUAUGAAAGUAACUGCGCUUUAAUAUUUCUCUUCUCAUGAACAGUGUUGGUGAAAAUAUGUCUCUUUAUAAGUCCCGACCACGAAAUGAUAAUGUCACGAAUAUAUUUCGAGAAUUAUUCACAUGUAAUGUCAGACUUAACUCGAAUGAAUUAUCAUUAUCAAGACCGCUUAGAACAUAACUUAAGCACACUGCACACAUACUGUAUAAGGCUGCAUUGCUCUUUAAUUUUGCUCAACUUUUAACAUAAAUGUUGAAAUGUAAAAUUAUGCUAAAAUUCAAUUCAGUCUCUUUCUUAAAUAUGUAAUAAUUUGAUAAAAUAUUAUUCUUCUGUCA